GUUUCAACAUGGCGGCCGAAUGAUGGAAUAUAUACCCGGGAAAAUUACUGUUGUGCAAACCAAAGAGAUAUGAGCGAUUUUCAAAAAAAUUGCCAGUUGAAGGAGGAAGUGUUCAAAGGAGCCGUUAAAAAUAUGAUCAUCGUUGAAAAGUCGCUCUUAUGGUGCACUUUGCUACAUGGACGAUCACGUUAAAAUAUGAGCUGUAAUAGGAACUGUGUCAACAAGAAGUUAUGUUCAGACUCUAAUUCAGUCGAUCAAAGGUUACACUUUGAUAAUGGACUUUUUUUGAAUGAAAUGCCACAGGAAAGUGUAAAUGAUCUAAAUGUAAACACAUCUGUUCUUCUGAUUGAACCAUUUUAUGGUGGGUCGCACAAACAGCUGGUCGAUUUACUCACAAAGGAAAUUCCAGGCUGCGUGUUGCAUUGUUUGCCUGCAAAGAAAUGGCACUGGAGAAUGCGAACAGCCGCUCUGUGGUUCUCUCAAAAUAUUUCCCAUUGCACGAAAUACAAGUAAGUUCUUCAUCUUUGGCUGCGGAAAAGGAAAAGAGCAUUUUUCCCUACAAUUGAGGUCAAAAGUGUUGGGAAUUUUUUUAGUCAUAUUAGUAAAUCUUACAACCCCUCCCCUUCCUCCCCAAACAGAGUUGAAUUUUGAGGAAAGUGGGAGGAGAUGAGUCCUUAAUACCCCACGCUCGGUACAUGUAUAUAAAAUUCAUAAGGGAAUCAAACAGCUACGGAUUUCUUUUGCCUUUAUUUUUCUUCUAUUUCCCUAUGUAAGUUACCGGGGACCACAUUCAUGGUAGCCGGGGAAAUCCCUGGCACCCGGCUCUUAAUGACAGCUACUGGUGAGACCCCAUCCACAUGAUUCAGUAUUUUUUUUGGGAAACUGCGUAUUUUUUUUUAAAUGAAUCUGCGUUCCAUCCACAUUAAAACCAGUGAAACCCCUCACCCAAAGCAUAUUAUUUUGAAACUGCUGUGGUUUCUGGAUCUGACAGAUUGCAAACCCGUCUAUGAGACAAUUGAAACUGGAUAUUUUUUAAUGCAAUACAUAUGUGGGUUGCGCCUACCCAGAUUCAUGUGGAUAAGGUCUAAGAAAGCAGUAGACAUUUACAUUGUAAUAUUAUUGGAAUAUUUUAAUGUUUGAUUACCAUUACAUUUUUUAUGAUACACAUGUAACCUUACACUUUCCUGAACAGGUUUCUCAGUCUGGAUGUAUAAAUGAUUACCAAUGAAUUACUAUUGGUAAAUAAUAUCUUUUUAUAUAAAUUUGCAAGCUGGUGUUUUCAGGGUGAUGUUUGCAAGCUCAGUGCUGAAUUUAGCUGAAUUAGUUGCUCUGAGACCUGACUUUGCCCGGCUGAAGAAGGUCCUUUACUUCCAUGAAAAUCAGCUUAUUUAUCCAGUGAGAAAACAACAAGACAGAGAUUUUCAGUAUGGCUACAACCAAAUUUUAUCAUGGUAAGGUCAAAUACAAGCUUGGUUAUUUACGCAGUAUCGUCAUUGUCAUCGUCAUCAUCAUCUUCAUCAUUAUGAUAAUGAUAAUAAUAAUAAUGAUUAUUUUUUAUCAAUAAUUCAUUGUCUCUUGACAUCUUUUGUUGCUCAAAAGCUAUCAGGGUUGAGAAAGAAUCUAAGACAAAAUUAAUUUGUCUUAUAAAAACUUAAGGUAAACUAAAACCCCAUCUAGCUGGAAGAAAACUGGUAAGCUGUUAAUUUUCAAGCAUGACUUUGAGUUGAACACAGGACCACCAGGGAAAAUAAAAAUCCAGCUUGUAGUCAGAGCAAGACUUGAGAUUGGAAGUCCUGUGCUGUGACCACUUGGGCAAACUGCCUCCCUCCAGAAUUAAUCUUUUUUUGUCUUUUCCUUUUGUUAUGAUUACUAUUUUUUUGCACUGCUUUUGAACUGUAUCCCUCCUGGAAGUUUGAAAGUACCUUAAAACAAAAAAAUUACAGACAGCCUAAUACUGAAAAUAGCCUGUGUAGCAGGUGCUUGGAAAUGAUUGGUGUGAUAGAAAAUUAAACGGGGCAAGCUCACAUGUCCCCCUUGCACACACCAUUGUUUCUUGCACCUAUAUUACUUGCAAGUGCCUGUUAUACUCAAAGUUUUUGGAAAACAAAAUCUGAUUGCAACCAAAAAUAAACAGUCAUAUUAGAUGUUAUAAUAUAAAAAAAAGGUGUAACACUGUGCUGAACAUUAACAUGUUUGAGUUAUCGAGUUUGACAUAGUGACACUCCAAUGAAUUCCACAGUUGAUUGCAUAAUUUGUUUGUCUGGCAGUCUGGUAGCUGAUGUCAUUGUGUUCAACUCCUCCUUCAACAUGGAAUCAUUUCUAUCAUCAAUCAGCAGCUUUCUGAAAUUAAUGCCUGAUUUUCGACCUAAGGGACUAGAUCAGCUUAUCAGACCAAAAUGCAAGGUUCUUUACUUUCCUCUUAUGGGGAGAGAACAGAUGGGAGGGACUUCAAGUGCAGAGCAGGAGAUUGUACAUGAAGUUCCAGCUGGAGAGAUUUAUGAGGAAAAUUUGGUAGUUGAUACAAAUGGUGGAAAGGUAACAAGAAAGUAAACACUGUAAUUUAUCUCAAUAGCUUUUUAUGAUACUAUUAUUUAAGAUAAGCUACGUGUAGUUUUCUCUCUAAAUCCCUUGCAAACUGACGUAACAUUGUUGUGUCUGUUUGCAUGUAGCUAAAAGUUUGACCGGUUUCAAAGUAUUGUGCAACAGCUCCCAAAAACACACAACAACAUGCAACAUCCAACAAUAUUGUGCAUCCGUUUGCACGUAGCAUUAGGUUACAACAAUUACAACAACAAAACUUUAUUGAGAAGAAAAUAAAAUAACAAAAGAACUGCCGGCAGCUAGCAUGGCUAUUCGAGGUAGGACAGUGCAUACAAAAAAAUAAAAUAAAAAUCUCAAUGUGUUUGAGGAUUAAGAAGACAUGAAAGAAAGAAUUAAACAAUUAAAUAAUAACAAAAUGUAAGAGGAGAAACAACUAGGCAAAGAAAAGUGAAGGCACAUGUGCAAGAACAUGAAGCCUGGAGAACCCUUAACACUUGUGACAAGCAGCAUAACACAUCUUGUUAUGCCGUUAAGUUUUAUUCUUUUUUUUGUACCAAAGAUAGUGAAAGUCAACUGGAAUUCACCUCACCCAGAAACAGAGUCAGAUAUGUCAAGACCCUUGCAUAUAGUUUGGGCUCACCGAUGGUAUGUGCUUCCAUUAUGAUUUCUGUGUUUCUUUUUGUGCAACUGGCCAUUUUGAGGGUGUGCAUGCAGAUUAGCUAGGUUGGUGUUGUUUUUUAAUUAUUGUUCUAUGGGAGUGUUUUCUGGGGCAAACGUUUGACCCAGUUUCCUGUUCAACUUUGUAGUAGCUGGUAAAGGAAGAGAUGGCUUCCCUCCAAAACAUUGCCAUUAAUAUACAAAUCAACACAACACUGACCCAAUCUCACAUGCAACCUCAUCUCUUGGCCGUUUCAUAAUGGAUAAUUAAUGGCUUGUUGAACUAAAUAGAGCCCAUUUCUAUUUGCAUUCAGCAAGGUUCAAGAAUGUUCAUUUUGGCACUUGUAUUUGCAUUUAACUUUGUAUAAACCUAAGGUAUUUUUGUCUAUAAUAGUACAGGCAUCAAUAAUAUUCUUCUACAUGCAGACACUGUACAUGUAUUUCAGACAUUCAUUUUGUUCUAGAAGAUUCCAAAAUCCAUACAAUCCCUAUCUCAGUAAUAUAGAUACCUCUGAACAGCCAUAUGGCGGACAUUAGUGUUUAGGAACAUGCCUUUGGAGUCCACGCACAUGAAGGUGGUCUGACUUUACAAGGACACCUACAAAAAGCCACUACUCAGGGUGUUCAUUAGGCAUUACUACAGAGAAUUCACUGGCUAACGUUCAGUAGCCUAUGACUAUUUUUAUUGAGACAUAGAGUCUCUCUUUCAAAAUAUUCUCCCGUAACGUUAAACUUUUCUCCUGCUACUACAAUAUUAUUCUUAAUGAAAAUCCUGCUACUUCAGGCUGAAGCAAGCAUCAGACUUAAGUAUAAAGAGCCAGCAUUGCCAAGCAGUUAGAGCACUGGACUUUCAGUCCACAGGCCCUGAUCUUGAGCCCCACCUUAACUGCUGGCUGGAUAUAUUUUCUUGGUAGUUCUGUGCUUACCAGGCUGGUAUAUAGCCAACUGGUUUGCCUGUGGCCACUUGAGAUUGUUACUAAUUAAAAAUUAUUUUAUUAGUUGUUUGUCUCCUUAUUAUUUUGUGGGCCACAAUGUAAACCAUUGGUCAGCAAUUGUGUUAUAUACCCUUGUGAAAUAAUUUUAUGGUGUAUUUUACAUUUAUUUCUCUCACAUGUAAUUAACUAGGGAACAUGACAAGGGUCCAGAUCUGUUCUUCCACACUCUUUAUCAGCUAGCUGAUCAGAAUUUGGAAUUCAAAGUCUCUGUCAUAGGAGAGACAUUCUCAGAAGUCCCAGGUACUCGGACAGCUGUAGUCAAAGUUCUUAUAAAGAAUACCAUAAAUCCUCUAUUAAACCAAACAAACAUCAGACAUCAUAAACAAUACAUCAGACAUCAGACAUAAUACAUCAGACAUCAGAUAUCAUACAUCAGACAUAAGACUGCAGACUUCAGACAUCAUACACCAGACAACAGACAUACAUCACGUACAUCAGACGUCUGACAUCAGACAUCUUACAUCAGACAUCUGGCCUCAGACAACAAACACCAGACAUCAUACAUCAUAGGACAUCAGACAACAGACGUCUGACAUCAGACAUCUUACAUCAGACAUCUGGCCUCAGACAACAAACACCAGACAUCAUACAUCAGAGAACAGAAUCAGACAUCAGACAUAAUACACCAGACAUCAGAUGUCUGACGUCAGACAUCAGACGUUUGACAUCAGACAACAAACCUCAGACACUAGACAUCAGACAACAAACACCAGACAUCAUACAUCAGAGAACAGAAUCAGACAUGAGACAUAAUACACCAGACAUCAGAUGUCUGACAUCAGACAUCAGACGUUUGACAUCAGAUAGCAAACCUCAGACACUAGACAUCAGACAACAAACACCAGACAAUACAUCAGACAACAAAAUCAGACAUCAGACAUACAUAAUACAUCUGGCAUCAGACACCAGACGUCAGACAACAGACAUCUGACCUCAGACAUCAGACAUCUGACGUUAGACAUCAGACAUCAGAAAUUUCUACAAGUUGUGGUUCUGUUUUAACCUCACCACGAUAUUUUUUCACUAACUGAAUAUACUUUUUCCUCUGUUUAGAAAUUUUUGAAGAAGCCUUUUCAUGUAUCAGGGAACAUAUUGUUCACUGGGGCUACCAGCAAUCUCGCCAGGAAUAUGUUAAUGUUCUAAAGAAUGCUGAUGUGGCUGUCUCUACUGCAGAACACGAGUUCUUUGGUGUUUCCAUGUAAGGUGACUUGAUUAGAUAUCACAGAUUAUGUGCAUGUACAAAAUGUCACUUAUGAUUGUACUUGAUGUGUUUCCAAUUCCAAUAUUUGCAUUUUUGCAGGCUGGAGUCGGUGCAAUAUGGCUGUUACCCACUAUGUCCAAAUAAACUUGUGUACCCUGAGAUAUUUCCUGGUAAGUUGACAAAUAAAUGUAUUUGCGUUUGCAGAUACUAAGUGACUGAACUGUUGUCAUUUCUCCACCAAAAGACGUCUCUGCUGCUCACAGAUUAUUAUUAUCAUCAUUAAUUAUUACUAUUAUUUUCAUUGUAGUCAGUCGAUCUAAAUCUAUAUGUGUGGAAGCUUAUCUAAUAAGUGUUAAAAAAGAAAACUCCCAUAAUGAGGUUCAAUAUGCUACACACAGCCUCUGAUGACAGAUUCUCAUGUUUGACGUAAUGAGCGAAAUGGAAGCAUUGAAAAAAAUUCUUGCCCAUGUGUGAAUAAAAAAAAUGGAAACGCAAUGGGUAUAGGAAUUUUCUGCUACUGAUUCCGGGACUUAUGAUCUAGUGAGAACUGUUGAACUUGUACACAAAGACUAGCCUAUUCCAGUAUCCAAGUGCGGGCGGUACCCCGGAUUUCAAGUUACAGGGAUGAUGGAAUGGGGGCAAAAAUCAAAACCCAAAAAUAUCCUGGACCAACAUUUAACACCCCAAAAAUCCCAUGCCAAAUUUCUGAGCAAUAAAAAUUUCCAGAAAGCAUGGAACGAUGUAGCUAUCACGAAUCUUCACAUCGUUUUGAUUACCCCAAAAAAUCCCUACUUAAAUGAAGGUAGCCAAAAAAAUACUUGCCAAAAUUUUCCUACCCAAAUCCUGAAAUCGAAAAUUUCAAACCCCCAAAAUCCUUUGAUCAUCCCUGCCACUUGAAAUCCGGAUUUCCACCCCCCUGGUUCCAGUAGAGACUACAGACUUAAGAUCAGCAGAGAGCUUGACGGCAAUUUGAAAAAAUACUAGCUUGUUAUCUCACUAUUACGCGUAAAUAACUUAAGAAUGAAAAAAUUCAAUACUAUGUCGAAUAAAAGAGUUCUCUGUUAUUGAACAGCAGACCGUUUACGAGGUUUGGGGUACAAAGUUAUGCAAUGUUAUUAUAAAGUCUCAUCCUUUGAAUUUUUCAGAAGGAUACUUACGUAAAGGAUGCAAUUUGCCUUAUUUUUAGCGGAAUAUCUGUACUCAACACCACAGCAACUGGCCAAAAAACUUAGAUAUUUUUGCAAGAAUCCACGACACGUGAGAACACACAAAGUCAUGGUAAGAAUACGUGAACAAUUUAAUUGCGCACUUCAGUUUAUUGAAAUAUGCAGUGUUAUUGAUUAUUGAACGUGAUCGUAGAAGUACUUUUGCUUUUUGCGACAAAAUCUGCGGUCAAACGGGCAGCGAAAACGUACAACCUGUUUUGCAACAUUGCGGUAAAAAGAGUUUAAAAGCGAUGUUGCGUGUUUUACCACCCACGUUCAAACCUGUCUUGCAAGUUGCGUGAAUGAUAGAACAAGGGGGUCACGGUAUACACGGGAAAUACGUCACUUAAUGCAAAACAAGUUUGCCUUAGGCCGGUAAAACGCGCAACCUUUUCAGAUUUUGUUGCAAGAAAUAGAACUACUCUCUACUUUCUGCAACAACUUUUCGCAACCUGCAACAAGCUGCUUUGUUGAAAGACAGGUUUGAACGCGCAACAUCGCUAUUCAACUCGUUUUGCAGCAAUUUUGCAAAACAAGUUGCACGUCGGUGUUUGAUGCCCGCUUUUUCGUACCUUUAAACCCAUUCUAGACCCGGCCCUAACAAGUGUCACGUGCUUUUCACACGUGCACCGGUUAUAUUUUUUCCCGCGCUUGGAAACCGGGCGCAUGUUUCUCGCCAAAUCCUGAGUACUUCUUGGCUCGCGCUGCUUUUUUUUCUUUACCGCUCUUAAGACACUGGCUACAAAAGGCUGCCUGUUUUUCAUGUUUCCAGCGCCUUGCGCUGCUAAGCAUGACGUUGGUCUGAAUGAAGCUUGUAUGUUUUGUCCCGCCGAUAUAAAGACACUAAUUUAGUUUUACUAGAAGUAACUGAUAAUUCAAAGGCUAGAUAGAGUCAUCGGCCUCUUGAACAAAUGUGCCGGGUCAGGUUCAAGUUUAAGUAUUGUUCUAAUUGUGCGACUUCCCGCUUUGCAGGUUGAUUGGAGGCAGUUCUUGUGGGAAAAGCUUAAGGAUCAAUUCAUUGAACUUUUGUCUCCAGCGGAUAAAGAAUCAAACUAUAGCGAGUCUAAUUGAUAGAUGUCGUCGCUAUUAAAACUGGAAGCGCGUCACAGACAAAAUAAUUUUAAAAUAAUUUAUCAGGAAAAUCCCCGAAAAAAUUAUGAAUUGUUACUGAGGAAGCUCGGUUGACAUGACGUGGCGAUAAAGAUUGAACUAUUGAAGACAAAGGGUAGCCUUUUAAAGGACCAGAACGGGUACCGCCCCGGAACGGCCCAAGUUAACACGUAAAGCAGGAACAGAAAGUACGAUUUUGAAGGUGUACGUACUAAAAGAGAAGUUAGAGCGCAUUCGCUCUCUAAACUAGGCACAAUGGGACCUGCGCACAUGCCCCCCCAGAAAAUUUUUCGUCUCGGAAAUGCCAUUUCUUGUCGCCG